CUAGGCAGGUGUGUGCAAGCCAAAAACAAAAAAAGCAUGAGGACACUGGAAGACUCCUCGGGGACAGUCCUGCACCGCCUUAUCCAGGAGCAGCUGCGCUACGGGAACCUGACGGAGACACGCACGCUGUUGGCCAUCCAGCAGCAGGCCCUGCGGGGUGGGGCCGGAGCAGGGGGCACGGGGAGCCCCCAGGCCUCCCUGGAGAUCGCAGCCCCUGAAGACGGUCAGGUGCUGCAGCAGGCCACCAGGCAGGAGCCCCAGGGCCAGGAGCACCAGGGUGGCGAGCCUCACCUGGCUGAAAACACGCUUUACCGGCUGUGCCCACAACCCGGCAAGGGCGAGGAGCUGCCCACCUAUGAGGAAGCCAAAGCGCACUCGCAGUAUUACGCGGCUCAGCAGGCCGGGGCCCGGCCCCACGUGGGAGACAGGGAUGCUCGAGGGGCCCCUGGAGGUGGCCGGCGGCAGGAGGAGGCGCUGCGGAGGCAGGACGAGGCGCUGCGGGAGCUGAGACAUGGCCACGUGCGUUCCCUGAGCGAGCGCCUCCUGCAGCUGUCCCUGGAGAGGAACGGGGCUCGGGCUCCCAGCCACAUGAGCUCCUCUCACAGCUUUCCUCAGCUGGCCCGAAGCCAGCAGGUCCCCCAACCACGGUGCCACCCUGCAGAGGGCCCAGAGACCCGUGGCCCCCCGCCUCAGUACCCACACGUCGCCCUGGCUCACGAGACCACCGCUGUCAGUGACCCAAGAUACCGAGCCCGCGGCAGUCCCCACUUCCAGCAUGCAGAAGUCAGGAUCCUGCAGGCGCAGGUGCCCCCUGUGUCCCUCCAGCUGCAGCAGUACCAGUACCUGCAGCAGCCCCACGAGCGCCCCUCCCCCCCACAUCCAGCCACCCUGGGCCAUGGCCCUUCGGUGGAGGGGCCAGCAAGUGCCCAGGCGCCGGGCAGUGCUCACCUGGCGCAGAUGGAGGCCUUACUGCGGGAGAACGCCCGGCUGCAGAGAGACAACGAGAGGCUCCAGAGAGACCUGGAGAGCUCCGCAGAGAAGGCCGGCCGCAUAGAGAAGCUAGAGAACGAAAUCCAGAGGCUCUCUGAGGCCCACGAGAGUCUGACGAGAGCCUCUUCCAAGCGAGAGGCCCUAGAGAAGACCAUGAGGAACAAGAUGGACAGUGAGAUGAGGCGGCUGCAGGACUUCAACCGUGAUCUUAGAGAGAGAUUGGAAUCUGCAAACCGCCACCUGGCAAGCAAGACACAGGAGGCCCAGGCGGGCAGUCAGGACAUGGUGGCCAAGCUCCUUGCCCAGAGUUACGAGCAGGAGCAGGAGAAGCUGGAACGGGAGAUGGCGCUGCUGCGCGGUGCCAUCGAGGACCAGCGGCGGCGCGCUGAGCUGCUGGAACAGGCCCUGGGCAACGCGCAGGCCCGAGCCGCCCGCGCCGAGGAGGAGCUGCGCAAGAAGCAGGCCUACGUGGAGAAGGUGGAGCGGCUGCAGCAGGCGCUCGGGCAGCUGCAGGCCGCCUGCGAGAAGCGGGAGCAGCUGGAGCUGCGCCUGCGCACGCGCCUGGAGCAGGAACUCAAAGCCCUGCGCGCGCAGCAGAGACAGACGGGCACACCCAGUGGCAACAGUGGGUCCAACGAGCUCAGUGCCCUGCGGCUCUCAGAACAACUGCGGGAGAAGGAGGAACAGAUCCUGGCCCUGGAGGCCGACAUGACCAAGUGGGAGCAGAAGUACUUGGAGGAACGCGCCAUGAGGCAGUUCGCCAUGGAUGCGGCUGCCACCGCCGCUGCCCAGCGGGACACCACCCUCAUCCGACACUCCCCACAGCCCUCACCCAGCAGCAGCUUCAACGAGGGCCUGCUUACCGGGGGCCACAGGCAUCAGGAGAUGGAGAGCAGGUUGAAGGUGCUGCAUGCCCAGAUCUUGGAGAAAGAUGCUGUGAUCAAAGUCCUUCAGCAGCGGUCCAGGAAAGACCCCGGCAAGGCUGCCCAGGGCGCCCUGCGGCCUGCCAAGUCCGUGCCAUCCAUCUUCGCAGCUGCGGCGGGAACCCAGGGCUGGCCGGGGCUCUCUUCCAGCGAGCGGCCCGCUGACGCGUCUGCCCGGCAGACAGUAGACAAGGCACCAGCGGAGGAGCCAGUAGCUGCAGCUCCGCCCCCUGCCCACACCAAACAUGGGAGCAGAGAUGGAAGCACGCAAACCGACGGCCCAGCGGACAGCGUGGCUUCCUGCCUGGCCGCAGAGCCUGACAGCCCGCUGGGGUGCAACAGUGGCCAGAGGACUGCCUCUCUGGAUUGUGUAGCCACAUCCCGAGUCCAGGACCUGGCAGACAUGGUGGAGAUACUAAUCUAAAGGAUGGAGACGGUGCCUCGGGAGCUCUGAAAAUCUAUCCUCCUUUCCUCUGCCAUUCCAGCAGCGUUCCCCCCCGAUUCAGCUGCUGCUCCCCACUUUCCUCAGCCAUUGACCAUCUGGUGCCAGGAGCUCAGGGAGGAAUAUGCCCCGGAAGACACUGCUUCUUGGCUUGCCUUCUCCCCACACCCAUGCACGGAGCAAGAAGGACGCCAAGGCCCCUGCCCUGUCGGUUCAGACUCAGGCAUGCACGGAGGAAGAGCGGAGCUCUUUCCGAUUCCCAUGGGUCCCUAAGUGGCUGGUGGGGUAAGCCAGGCCAGCCACGUUGUUCUGUGGUUAAGCAUGGCCCCAGCCAUCCCCAUCUCUUCUUCAGUCCCCCAAAGACUAGAAUCCUUUGCAGGCUGUCGGUUGGGAGUCUUCAACAUGCCACAGCCUCACCCCUCGCUUGGAGCAGGUCAGGGGGUCAUUUGAGUGGACUGGAGAAUGGGGUGUGUUUUGUAUAUAAUUCCAGUUCUUGGACAACAGAAGAUUGGAGCGUGCCGGCUUCAGGUUUGUCUUUUUGCCUCCAUGGGCUCCAUAUCCCUGCUGCUACCGUUCCUGAAACAUCCUACUAGUUGCUGCCUCCAGUUCUUGGCCCGUGGACUUUUUUAUUUUUAUUUUAUUUUUUGAAGCCGGGUGCCUUCCAUCUUGAACCCUCUUAUUCGGUGUCUUUGGGACCCCUGUCAUCACCAGCCUUCUGAAACAGCCUCCACACUGCUUCUGUCCCUGGGACACCCUGUCACUUUGGUUAUGAACUGAGCCAGAUACAGUGAGCCACCACACAGACAUCUGCCGUGGCUGGCACCUGUUCUGAACUGGAGAAACCGUUCUUGUAAAUGUCUUAGUUCCCACUUCCGGGGACUGGGAGAGGGGACUGUGCUGUGGAAAGCUGGUCAGUGAGCUACAAAGGACUCAAAAGCAAACAAAAAAAUCCUCUAAGUGGGAGCCUUCGAGGUGGGGUGAAACCACGCAUGGCCCUACCAGCAACGGUGACUCUGACUUCUGGUCUUAGAGACCCCCUCCCUCCUUCAGCCCCCCCAGGAGCAAUCAGUAGGUUUUUAGUAGUUUUUGUCUCUACUGUUUGUAACUCUCCUUGAUCCUUUUCUUCACUGUUUGUUUUAGGUUCUAUAUGUGUCCUUUUAUUUCCAUGAUUCUCUUGAGUUUCCUUUUUAAAAAACAUUUGCAUUUGCUGGACAAUUGCAUAUUUUUUUUUAAACUCCCCUACCACCCCUGUUUAAAGCUGAAAAAUACAUUUGGUUCAUGUGCAUUGUUUACAAAGAUAAAAGGAAAAAAGGCAAAAAAAAAUAUUGUGAAAGGAAAAAAAAACAACUUAAUAUAUUUUGGAUUAAUAUUUGGUAUUUCUUUUUAAAGUAUUUUUUGUGCUGUGAACGUUUUCUGCCAAAGACCAUGAUGUGUGUCUGUAUGUUUAAGUUAUCGUGAAUAUUUAAAAUGUAAACAUGGCUGUUUUGCUAUGCCACCCUGUACCAGGAUUGCUGCUGCAUUCCACUGGGUAUGACAGUAUUUUAAUAAAAAAAAUUAUAAAGA